AUGCAAGAUUAUAAUGAGAUUGAUACUAAAGCCCUUACUUAUGCCAAAAGAUGUGAAGGACAAUGCUUGGCUAAAGUUAGAUCAAACCCUAAUAUUUAUUUAUGGGUUUGUAAAAAUCAGCAUCGAUGGAAAGCAUCCUAUAGAGAUAUGAAACGAAAUUAUAGGUGGUGCAAUAGUUGUCCUCAUAUAUUUGAAAGAUCAUGCUUACAACUUGAUGAAUAUAAUGAGAAAUUAUAUUUGGCCUUCAAAUACAGUGACAAUCAGCAUUAUCAAAUCGUUCCUUUUUUCUAUCCACAAGGACAAAUUAAUUUAGAUGCACAAAUUCAACGCGAUUGGAAGAAGAGAGCACUCUGUUUUAAGGAAGGUAUAAUUCUUAUCACAAUUCCUUAUUGUGUUGUUGAUCUGCCAACUUUCAUCAAGAGUGCCUUGAAUGCAUUUG